UAGAUAUUUCUGAAGAAAGGUCAACUGCAGAGAAUUUGGGAUGGCGAAAUCUUCAAGAAACACACGCUUCAGUUUCUCUAAACUCAGGAGAAAUCCAUCAGCAGCUGACAGGAGGUUCUGCAUGACGUGGAUCAGCACGAUGGUAAAAAGACAAGUGGAGAAGCAAACUGCAGAACUGCGUAGAGAGUUUUCUCUCAUGAAUCAGGCCCUGAGAGAGGAGAUGGCAGCUGAGCUUCAGGAACAGCUGAGAGAACUAUUGUUAGAAGAAACAGACAAGACACCAUUGUGCUGCAGCAAGCUGGGCUCGGACCUGAGAUUGGCGUCGAGGUGGCAAAGGGAAAUGGCGGGAGGAUUCGAAAACACUGACGAAGACUACGAAGAUGGGGAGAUACCAAAAACAUUAGCCUUUUCUGAAACACACAAUGACACAAACAGCAUGUUCAUAUUGAGAAAAAGCCCGAAAGAGGAAUCCUUAAAGAUUUCAUUGACCAGUGAUUCCAGUGACACUGACUCAACAAUUAACAGAAACAUCUCCAAAGAUGUACAAGGGAAGCCAGACUCAGGUACAUGCAAGCAACAGAAAAAUCAGAGCUCUUCCUCAGAUGUCACUCCUAUCUGGGACAGCGCCGCUAAUCACUUCUGCACUACGCAAAGCUUCAUUUCCAGUGAAUUCAGCCAUGAGAGUGAGGAUGAUAGUGUAAGAGAGGCUUUGAUGAUGGACAACCAGUGGAAGGAAUGGUUGGACAAGCAGGAAAUGAAAGGAUACAGCCACAAAAAAAAGCCAGUUAAAAGUCAAAACAAUAUGGAAAAACAGGGAACGGCAGCAUCUGGUGUACCAGAGAAAAAAAAGGAUCAAAACUUGAAAAGGGGUGACACUAUGAAGAGAUUUAAGACAUAUAUCAGUGAUGUCUUUAGCUCUCAUGCAUCGCAUAAGUGGAAGAAGUUUGAAAAUGAAGAUGGAAGCUCAUGAAAAACAAAAAACAAAAAAAUAACUGAUAAAA